GAGCAAACAGGAGGCGGCGGGCAGGAGAGCGAGCCAGCGAGUGAGCAGCUGCUCUUACCAGCUGGACUGGGGGCCUGCACCGUGGAAGCAGGAUGAGAAGAUGGCACACUUCUUGUUACCUCGGGGCGCCAACAGCUUCCGCCGGUUCACUCGAGAAUCCUUGGCAGCCAUUGAGAAGCAGAUCGCAGAGAAGCAGGCCCGCAGCGUCACGCAGGAGAGCCGGGACACGCCAACCGAGGAGGAGAAGCCUCGGCCCCAGCUGGACCUGCAGGCAUCCAAGAAGCUGCCCGACCUCUAUGGCAACCCACCCCGAGACCUCAUUGGGGAGCCCCUGGAGGACUUGGACCCCUUCUACAGCACCCAAAAGACCUUCAUUGUACUGAACAAAGGGAAGACCAUCUUCCGAUUUAGUGCCACAAAUGCCUUGUACAUCCUCAGCCCCUUCCACCCCAUCCGGAGAGCAGCAGUUAAAAUCCUGGUUCAUUCGCUGUUCAGCAUGUUUAUCAUGUGUACCAUUCUAACCAACUGUGUGUUCAUGGCCCAACACGAGCCCCCACCAUGGACCAAGUAUGUUGAGUACACUUUUACUGCCAUUUAUACCUUUGAGUCAUUGGUAAAAAUAUUGGCGCGAGGAUUUUGUCUCAACGCAUUCACCUUUCUCCGAGACCCAUGGAACUGGCUAGAUUUCAGCGUGAUUGUCAUGGCAUACACCACUGAAUUUGUGGACCUGGGCAAUGUCUCAGCCCUACGAACCUUCCGAGUCCUCCGGGCCCUGAAAACUAUAUCGGUCAUUUCAGGCCUGAAGACCAUCGUGGGGGCCCUGAUCCAAUCAGUGAAAAAGCUCGCAGACGUGAUGGUCCUCACUGUCUUCUGCCUCAGUGUCUUUGCCCUCAUAGGUCUCCAACUCUUCAUGGGCAAUUUAAGGAACAAGUGUGUCCGGAACUUUGAGGUCCUGAAUGGGACCAAUGGCACUGUGGUGUCCGAUGGCCAAAUGUGGGAGUCGGUGGAGGAAUACAUCAGCGACUCAGAUAACUAUUUGCUGAAGAACGGAACCUCAGACGUGUUGCUGUGUGGGAACAGUUCGGAUGCAGGGACAUGUCCAGAAGGCUAUCACUGUCUGAAGGCUGGAGAAAACCCAGACCACGGCUACACCAGCUUUGACUCCUUUGGCUGGGCCUUCCUCGCCCUGUUCCGCCUGAUGACUCAAGAUUGUUGGGAGCGUCUCUACCAGCAGACGCUGAGGUCCGCCGGGAAGAUCUACAUGAUCUUCUUCAUGCUCGUCAUCUUCCUGGGCUCCUUCUACCUGGUGAACCUGAUUCUGGCCGUGGUGGCCAUGGCCUAUGAGGAGCAAAACCAGGCCACGAUCGCUGAGACUGAGGAGAAGGAGAAGCGUUUCCAGGAGGCCAUGGAGAUGCUGAAGAAGGAGCACGAGGCUCUGACAGCCAGGGGCAUGGACACCGUGUCCAGGAGUUCCUUUGAGAUGUCCCCCCUGGCCCCAAAGACAGCACCAGACAGGAGGAGCAGGAGGAGAAAGAGACAGUCCUCGGGGACAGAUGAAUGUGGGGAAGACAGAUUCCCCAAAUCGGACUCGGACGAUGGUCCUCGGAGAAUGACCCUUCUGGGCAUCAACCACGGCCCCCACAGGAGCUCCCUGAAGCGCCGAUCCAGUCACGGCAGCGUCUUCACCUUCCGCCGGAGGGACCUGGGCUCUGAGACAGACUUUGCGGACGAUGAGAUCAGCACUCCUGGGGAGGUGGAGAGUCACCGGGCCUCCCUCCUGGUGCCCUGGCCUGCUCGGAGGCCCAGCACUCAAAGCCAAGCCAGCCCAGGGCUCCCAAAUGCUCCCAGCUUCCUACACAAUGGCAAGAGGAACAGCGCUGUGGACUGCAAUGGCGUGGUCUCCCUCUUGGCCUCGGGGGUCCCGGAGGCCACGUCCCCAGGGGGAAGCCUACUGUCUCCCAUGAUUCUGGAGAAGCCCCGCCCUCCAGACUCGACCUCGGCGUCAGAAGAAGUCAGCAAGAAGCAGCUCCUGCUGCCCCAGCGCCUGUCCCUGGAGUACUCUGAGGAGCCCCGGGAGCGGCAGCGGGCCCUGAGUGCCGUCAGUGUCAUCACCAGCGCCCUGGAAGAGCUGGAGGAGUCACAUCGGAAGUGCCCCCCCUGCUGGAACCGCUUUGCUCAGAACUACCUGAUCUGGGAGUGCUGCCCUCUGUGGCUGGCCGUCAAGAAGAAUGUCAAGUUUGUCGUCAUGGAUCCUUUCACCGACCUCACCAUCACCAUCUGCAUCGUGCUCAACACCCUCUUUAUGGCUCUGGAGCAUUACAACAUGACACCUGACUUUGAGGAGAUGCUGCAGGUCGGCAACCUGGUGUUCACUGGCAUCUUCACGGCAGAAAUGACCUUCAAGAUCAUUGCCCUGGACCCCUACUACUACUUCCAGCAGGGCUGGAACAUCUUCGACAGCAUCAUUGUCAUCCUGAGCCUCAUGGAGCUGGGCCUGUCCCGCAUGGGGAACCUGUCAGUGCUGCGCUCCUUCCGACUGCUGAGGGUCUUCAAACUGGCCAAGUCCUGGCCCACCCUCAACACCCUCAUCAAGAUCAUUGGCAACUCGGUGGGGGCGCUGGGGAACCUGACCCUGGUGCUGGCCAUCAUCGUCUUCAUCUUCGCCGUGGUGGGCAUGCAGCUGUUUGGGAAGAACUACUCGGAGGAGAGGCACCGCAUCAGCAGCUCGGGCCUGCUGCCCCGCUGGCACAUGAUGGACUUCUUCCAUGCCUUCCUCAUCAUCUUCCGCAUUCUGUGUGGGGAGUGGAUAGAGACCAUGUGGGAUUGCAUGGAGGUAUCCGGCCAGUCCCUCUGCCUCCUCGUCUUCCUCCUCGUCAUGGUCAUUGGUAACCUGGUGGUCCUGAAUUUGUUCUUGGCCUUGCUGCUCAGCUCCUUCAGCGCAGACAACUUGACGGCCCCGGAUGAGGAUGGAGAGAUGAACAAUCUCCAGCUGGCCCUUGCCCGGAUUCAGAGGGGUCUUCGCUUUGUCAAGCGCACCACCUGGGACUUCUGCUGCAGCCUCCUCAAACGGCCACGAGACGUGGCAGCCAGUAAGAAAGCCGCAGGCACACCAGCAGUGCCCCUGGCCCCCGGCGGCCUGCCCAGCUGUGUGGCCGGCCAAGGUUCCACAGAGCUGGAGAAAGUGCCCGACGCCACCCGCAAGGAGACCAGGUUUGACGAGAAGAAGCAGGCUGACCCAAGCCACGGGGAUGUGGGCAAGGAACCGGCGGACUUCACGGGGGACCCAGAGUCAUCCGUGCACGUGCCCAUUGCUGUGGCCGAGUCGGACAUUGAAGAUCACGAGGAGGACGAGGACAAUAGCCUCGGCACCGAGAUGGAGUCCAGCAAACAGCAGAGACACGAUGACGACACCUAUUCCGAGGGCAGCACCGCUGACAUGACCAAUACUGCUGACCUCCUGGAGAAGAUAGCUGACCUGGGGGAGGACGUGAAGGACCCCGAGGACUGCUUCACCGAGGGCUGUGUCCGGCGCUGUCCCUGCUGCACGGUGGACACAACACAGUUUCCUGGCAAGGUCUGGUGGAGGCUCCGGAAAACCUGCUACCGCAUCGUGGAGCACAGUUGGUUCGAGACCUUCAUCAUCUUCAUGAUUUUGCUGAGCAGCGGCGCCCUGGCCUUUGAAGACAUCUACCUGGAGGAGCGUAAGACCAUCAAGGUCCUCCUGGAAUAUGCGGACAAGAUGUUCACCUACAUCUUUGUCCUAGAGAUGCUGCUCAAGUGGGUGGCCUAUGGCUUUAAGAAGUACUUCACCAAUGCCUGGUGCUGGCUGGACUUCCUCAUCGUGGAUGUCUCUCUAAUAAGCCUCGUGGCAAACACACUCGGCUUCGCGGAAAUGGGUCCCAUCAAGUCGCUGCGGACACUGCGUGCUCUGAGGCCCCUGAGAGCGCUGUCCCGAUUCGAAGGCAUGAGGGUUGUGGUCAAUGCUCUGGUUGGUGCCAUCCCUUCCAUCAUGAAUGUCCUGCUCGUCUGCCUCAUCUUCUGGCUCAUCUUCAGCAUCAUGGGCGUGAAUCUCUUUGCUGGGAAGUUUGGAAGGUGUAUCAACCAAACAGAGGGAGACUUACCCUUGAACUACACCUUCGUGAACAACAAAAGUGAGUGCGAGCUGCACAACAGUACUGGGGAAUUGUACUGGAUCAAAGUGAAAGUCAACUUUGACAACGUUGGAGCUGGUUACUUGGCCCUGCUGCAAGUGGCAACAUUUAAAGGCUGGAUGGACAUCAUGUAUGCUGCUGUGGACUCCAGGGGGUGUGAAGAACAGCCUCAGUGGGAGUACAACCUCUACAUGUACCUCUACUUCGUGAUUUUCAUCAUCUUUGGAUCUUUCUUCACCCUGAACCUCUUUAUCGGUGUUAUCAUUGACAACUUCAACCAACAAAAGAAAAAGUUAGGGGGACAAGACAUCUUCAUGACAGAGGAACAGAAGAAGUAUUACAAUGCAAUGAAGAAGCUUGGGUCUAAGAAGCCCCAGAAACCAAUCCCAAGGCCCCUGAACAAAUACCAGGGCUUCAUCUUCGACAUUGUCACCAAGCAGGCCUUUGAUGUCACCAUCAUGUUCCUCAUCUGCCUGAACAUGGUGACCAUGAUGGUGGAGACGGACGAUCAGAGCCCUGAGAAGAUCAGCAUCCUGGCCAAGAUCAACCUGCUGUUCGUGGGCAUCUUCACGGGCGAGUGCGUCAUCAAGGUCAUCGCCCUGCGCCACUACUACUUCACCAACAGCUGGAACAUCUUUGACUUUGUGGUCGUGAUUCUUUCCAUUGCGGGAACUGUCCUCUCCGACAUCAUCCAGAAGUACUUCUUCUCCCCGACGCUCUUCAGAGUCAUCCGCCUGGCGCGGAUCGGCCGCAUCCUCCGGCUGAUCCGAGGGGCCAAAGGGAUUCGCACGCUGCUCUUUGCCCUCAUGAUGUCCCUCCCCGCCCUCUUCAACAUCGGCUUGCUGCUCUUUCUCGUCAUGUUCAUCUACUCCAUCUUUGGCAUGGCCAACUUUGCCUACGUGAAGUGGGAGGCCGGGAUCGAUGACAUGUUCAACUUCCAGACGUUCGCCAACAGCAUGCUCUGCCUCUUCCAGAUCACCACGUCCGCGGGCUGGGACGGGCUCCUCAGCCCCAUCCUCAACACGGGGCCCCCGUACUGUGACCCCAACCUGCCUAACCCCACCAACUCCCGGGGGAACUGCGGGAGCCCGGCCGUGGGCAUCCUCUUCUUUGUCACCUACAUCAUCAUCUCCUUCCUCAUCGUGGUGAACAUGUACAUAGCGAUCAUCCUCGAGAACUUCAGUGUGGCCACGGAGGAGAGCACAGAGCCGCUGAGCGAGGACGAUUUUGACAUGUUCUAUGAGAUCUGGGAGAAGUUCGACCCGGAGGCCACUCAGUUCAUCGAGUACUCCGCUCUGUCGGACUUUGCCGACGCCUUGUCCGACCCCCUGCGCAUUGCCAAGCCCAACCAGAUCAGCCUCAUCAACAUGGAUCUGCCCAUGGUCAGUGGGGACCGCAUUCACUGCAUGGACAUCCUCUUUGCCUUCACCAAGCGGGUCCUGGGAGAGUCUGGGGAGAUGGACGCCCUGAAGAUCCAGAUGGAAGAGAAGUUCAUGGCGGCCAAUCCCUCCAAGAUCUCCUACGAGCCCAUCACCACCACGCUCCGGCGCAAGCACGAGGAGGUGUCGGCCACGGUCAUCCAGCGGGCGUUCCGAAGACACCUGCUGCAGAGGUCCGUGAAGCACGCCUCCUUCCUCUACCGCCAGCAGACCAGCGAUGGCACCCUGUCUGGGGACGACGCCCCGGAGCGCGAGGGCCUCAUUGCCUACAUGAUGAACGAGAACUUCUCCCGGCGCUCGGGCCCGUCAGACUCGGUCUCCUCCACAUCCCUCCCCCCAUCCUACGAUAGCGUCACCAGAGCCACGAGUGACAACAUCCAGGCCCGAAUGUCCGAGUACAGCCAGACCGACGACUUUGUGGACUACCCCACAUCCCCAGACAGGGACCGGGAGUCCAUCGUGUGAGGCCCUCCCGGCCGCACGGCUGGGACAAGGUCAACAGAACCCUCUCCUGCCGCGACAAUCCACCAAGGCACCUUCUUCCUGAGUGUUUGUGACAAAAUCGGCUUCCGCAGAUUUCCUUCCUCCGGCUCCCAGGGAUAAGCGAUCCCCUUUGACCCCGCCCCCUCGACGCUGCUCCCCAGUGAUGUGGCUGCGUAAGCGCAGGGAGUACUCGGGAAGGGUCAGCCUCAUGGGCGGGGUGGGGCGGCCACACUCCAGGCGCCUGAAGCUAGUCUCAGCGCCCAUAGCCCGUCGCCCCGACAGAAGUCAGGCGAACGCCUCCCGCACCUUGGGUUUUGAGAACUUCUCAACCCUAGCUGUCGUAGCACAAUGGGAUUCUCUUCCUAUAUAUGUACGGGCUUUCAUCGAUUUGUUAUAUUUGAUAUUUUUUUACUUCAGCCCAUAACGGUCCCCUCCCCACCCCCUACCCUCAGAAGUGAUGCGAACUCGUGCCGCCUCUUGCAGUUUCUGAGCUCAAGUGACUUCUUCCUUCUGAGCUGACAGACUGCAAAGCUUGCUCUCUCCAAGGAGAGCGAGGCUCCGGGGAUCUCUCUGGGUGCCCAGCUCCAAGCAGUCGGCCUCACCGAGGUCUGGAGCCACAUGGUCACUGGCUCCUCUGAUCCACGGCAGACAAGUGGACAGGGCAACAGCCACAUUACGCUUCAGGCUGGGAGGCCCUUAGUAAAGCUGUGUUCUCCUUCCCACACUAAGGGAGUCAGGUCCCAUGUCACAGGGGCCCAGCUGGGACGAGAGGCUCAGGUCCUGUUUUCUUCUCUGCAGCUGAAUUGUCACUUGACCCGGAGCAGGCCACCCACCCUGGCUGGGUCUCCUUAUCUAUCUAAUGGAGGGGCUGGACAAGGCAAUCUCAGAACAUCCCUUCAGUUUCAUGAUGACUCCUCCAGGCCAGAAAAAGAAGGUGGAACCUCUUUCCUUUAGCAUCACAAGUACAGAGGAAUCCUUCUGAAAGGGAGUCUGGGAGUGUCCCACCUAGUCCUUCCAGAAACAAGCUCCCUGUAGGGCCCUCACUCAAGUAAGAGUAUUAAAAACAAAAACAAAAACAAAACAUGAUGACAAUCAUGGGCACUUUGGAGGACCCUGUCUGCCUCUUCUGGGAGGCCGGCAGGCUAUGGGUGGGCCACUGGGGAGGGCAGCAUGCCUUCUGGGAGUGAGCCUGGCCAGUGAGGAAGUCAGCUCCGACACCCACCAGACAAGGACUGGCUUGGCUCUUUUUUCAGGGGAGUGAGAGCCUCCAAGGGCCAGAGCCAAGGGAGUCGGGGAGCAGUAGGGCCAGGCUCCUGAUCUGUGACUACUGCCCAAGACCUGGCUUUGUGUGUAAAGAGAGGGGGGGUGGGGGUGGCUUCAGCCCAGGGAGGGAAAUUCCGGGUUCGACAUCAGAGCCUGCAUCUCUUCCUGAAAUGAAGCCUCUGGUCCCGAGAGGACAUGAGCGACACAAUGGAGUUCAGAACAGCAGGAGGGGAGAGGCAAAGGAAGGACACUCUGGGCCAUGUUCAAGGUCUCCCUUUGACCCUAUGGAAAGCACACCCCUCUUUUCCCACCUGUCCAAACUUCCAGCCUCAGCGUUCAGAAGGUCUGCCCAGAGAACGGGUAUGUUACGAGGAAAAGUAGCCAUUGCUCUCCAUCGGGGGAAAUGGAGGUACCAGGGACAUCUCUACCCUGUGUCACAGCUGAUUGUGGGUCACAGCCUGGGUUGCUGAGUGAGGCAGGCAGAAUCCACAUGGGGCUAACAGUGAGAAGCCCAUGUAGGAAGGAUUUUUCAGGGAAAACCAAUAUCUUUUUAUAGUCCUUGAGACCUAAUCAGCUCCUGUCCAUGCAGAUGUAAAACCCCACACAUCUGCAUACCCCACUUGUGUUUCUACACACACACACACACACACACACACACACACACACACACAUAUAGAGACAAGUGACCUGGAUCAGUAACACACCUAUAUGGCUUCUAUACAUCAUCUUUAUGCAGCCAGGGGAGACUUGUUCCAGAGCCCCUUGGUCUGGGCCAAUGUCUAGCAGCCAAAUUAGCGUGUGAACUUGGGCAAGUCACUUCAUCUCUCUGUGCCUCAGUUGGACCCACAUGAAAAAUGGGUUUAAUGAUACCUACCUCUCACAGGUGUUGACAGAGCGAAUGUCUGCAAAGUUUUGGGUGAGAUAGAAUGAAAGGCACUACAGGAGUGUAAAGUAUUAUUUCUCCUCACUUUCUCAAAAUGUUUCCAUUACAACCCCCCUCGGGUCCCCUCCGUGCCCUUCCCUCCCCCCAUCCCGUCCUCCCAUCCCUCCUUUUCCCCUUCCCAUGAGCUCCUAGCUCCUCCUGAAUCUAGAGUGGAGCUAGAUUUCACUGAGUGAUGGCUCCUACUAUGUUUCUGAGUGGAAACCUUAUUUUUCUAUCAGCGAAUUUUACUCUCCAAGACUUCCCCAAGUGAGAGUCAUCUUUCUGUACCCUCAGGGGAGGUGGCUUGUCCAUGUAGGCCCCUGUGGCUUUGUCUGUGCCUGCCGAGGAUGGACUCUACAGUGGGCACAUUGAAUGUGACCUGGGGCCCUUAGGAGGGUUUCUUGGCCUGCCUGGCCAGAGCUGGCCGGGCCCCAGAAGGCUGGGCCCCCCCUCCCACCGGGGAGGCAGUGUGCUUCCAUCCACAGUCCGGGACAGACAGAAGCAGACGACUUCUCUUAUCAUACUUCUGGCAUUUUUAUUUCAGAA